CUACCUACCGACCGACCUUGCCUAGAGUUUAAACCACAAAGAAUAUGCUGAUCGCGAGCUGAUCGCGAAAUUCUUCAAGAACAAUCCCACUGCGUCUGCCAAUUUGACUGUGUUACAUAACUCCCCCGCGACAUUCCAAUUGUAAAUCCUACUACCACAUUUGGCAUACAACUUGCGACAGACUGAGGUGCAGUGGCACGACCAUGACUGCACAAUAGUCCCCCGUCAACCGCCAGCGCUUGUCCUUCCACCAUGACGCCCAUGGUUCUAGAUGACCAACCCUCGGCGGCCGCCCCGCCGCCACCUCUCAGGGAGGCAUGGAAGCUACUCCCAUCGCCAACCAUACAUACCGUCAAGGAGGCCCGGUUCGAGAAAUACCAACCACCCCAGUCAGAUAUCCCGGAGCGCACAAAAUCCCAGGGUGGCCCGGUGGCCAUAGUUAUAGACAAUGGAUCCUCCGCCGUCAGAGCCGGAUGGUCAACCGAGAAUGACCCACGCUUGAUCGUUCCGCCAAUAAUGGCCAAGUAUCGCGAUAGGAAGCUGGGCAAGACCUUUUCGUUCGCCGGCUGGGACUGUUACUCGGAUACGACCGCCAAGGGACACAUACGGAAUGCAUUCGAGGCCGGUACCGACAUCGUCAGCAACUGGGAUGUUAUGGAGCACGUAUUGGACUACUUGUUCAUCAAGCUUGGCCUGAACGACAAAGGGGACUCGAUAGACAGGCCCAUUGUGAUGACCGAAGCUGUUGCCAACUUGCCAUAUUCGCGCAAAUCCAUGACCGAAGUUCUAUUCGAGUGCUAUGGAGUACCAUCCGUAGCUUACGGUAUAGAUUCGCUGUUCUCAUACAGGCACAACAAGGGCUCUACCGGCCUGGUUGUCUCAUCAUCUUACAGCUCCACUCAUCUUAUACCCGUAUAUAACCAGAAGGCACUGCUGUCGCAAGCGACCCGUCUCAACUGGGGUGGGUGGCAUGCAGCCGAGUAUCUACUAAAACUCAUAAAGCUCAAAUAUCGCGAUUUUCUGGGCAACGUCAAAAUGAACACCUCCCAGACAGAGCACAUGCUCCGUGAUUUCUGCUACGUGUCCAAGGACUACGACGAGGAGCUUAAGACUUAUCUUGAUUGGACUGGUUUGGAGGAUCGUGAGCGAAUAAUUCAGUAUCCCUUCACAGAAGAGGUAAUCGUGCAGAAGACAGAAGAAGAACUGGCCAAAAUAGCAGAGAGGAAGAAGGAGAGCGGGCGAAGGUUACAGGAACAAGCUGCCAAGAUGAGACUGGAUAGGUUGGUGAAAAAGGAACAGGAGCUCGAGUACUAUAAAAAAGUCCAGGAAAUGUUGGUUGAUCAGACCAAGAAAGAGACGAAGCGGAUUCUGGACGAUGCCGAAGUCAAGGACGAGGCUCACCUUGAACGACUCAUAAAGGAACUGGAAAAGACCAUCAAGAAGGCACGGACAAAGGACCUGGGCGGGGAGGUAGAGGAUGAGGCCGCAGAAGAGCCCGACUUCUCACUGCUCGAGGUGCCAGACGAGCAACUCGACGACGCUGGAAUAAAGGCAAAGCGGCAGCAGCGGCUUAUGAAGUCCAACCACGAAGCACGCGCACGUGCCAAGGCCGAGAAGGAGGCCGAAAAGGCACGAAUAGCCGAGGAGGCGCGACUGGAUGAGGAGCGCCGGACCAACAACCUGGAGGAGUGGCUGGCGGAAAAGCGCCGGGCGCACCAGGAGGCGGCGGCGCGGGUCAGAGAGCGCGAGAUGUUGUCCAAGGACAUGGGCAACAGGAAGACGCUGGCGUCGGUCAUGCGCAUGAAGAGCAUCGCCAACCUGGCCUCGGACACGCCUACGGGCACGGGCACGUCGCGGAAGCGGAGACGCGGUGGAGACGACGAUGACUUUGGAGCAAACGACGCAGAUUGGGGCGUGUACCGCGACAUCGCCGUGAACAAAGAAGACGGCAGCGACGACGAGGAUAGCGAGGAGAAGGACGAGGCGCAGCUCACGGCCCUUGAGCAGGAGCUGCUGCAGUACGACCCGCUCUUCACGUACGAGCACACACGCGAGGCCCAGAACGACUGGAGCAAAAAGCUGGAGCAUGCAUGGACCCGCGGCCCGCGGCCCUUCGACCCGGAGUCGCCGGCCGAGCGUCACCAGAUCCACCUCAAUGUCGAGCGCAUCCGCGUGCCAGAGGUAGUCUUCCAGCCGACGGCUAUCGCGGGCAUCGACCAGGCCGGCAUCGUCGAGAUCGCUGGUGACAUACUCACGCAACGCCUUGUUGGCCUCGCGGGUAUACAGCGGGAUGAAUUCCUCAAGGACAUCUUCCUGACGGGAGGACUCACCCUGUUGGAAAAUUUCGACGAGCGUCUCAAGACAGGCCUGCAAGCUCUCUUGCCGGCCGGCGCAUUGCUGGCUACCCGCCGAGCAAAGGACCCAGUGUUAGAUGCUUGGCGUGGCGCCGCCGGGUGGGCUGGCACUGACGCUUGGAAGUCUGCGGCCAUCACAAAGGAAGAGUAUCAGGAGCGCGGACCUGAGUACAUUAAGGAGCACGACAUGGGCAAUGCCUUCUCUUGAACCUAGGGCUAAUCACACAGAGAGACCUCUCGCAUUCUCCGGGCUCCUAGCGUGCUGCUGAAUAAUGACAACAAGAACCUUGGGCGCAAAAGAUGCGACAGCCAAAACUAGAAUAUUUCAUGUAUACUAUGAAUGUUAAAAACGGACUUGCCUCCAACACAUUAUCCUUUAAAACGCCUUCCAUCAUUUAGUGAUGUGCUGUAAUGUCGCCGAGUUUAUGUUGAAGUCGACAUAUAACAGUUAUGAACCUCUGCAAAAGGCCCACUUCCACGCGCCAUCAGAAAUUCGAUUGAUCGUAGACAUACGGCCUUUUUACAUGCUGGCUGUGGGCACCGCCUCUCCGUGUAAUUGGCGCGAAAGUUCCUCGGCUGUUCGCGCGUCAUCAUCGGCAGGUGGAGGCUUGAUGUAUGCAGGAGUCGGCUCUGGCGGAUUCUCUUCAGUUCGUCCUAGGUUGGCAACAGCCUGUGCAACCUGUUCCAGAGCCGUGCCUGCGCCCGGAAGUGGUUCGCUAGGCGGAGCUGCCUCUUGGGGGUUGGGAGACAUCAUGGGCGCGGGCGGAGCGGCUGCCGGCAAGCUCGGAGGUGGUGGGGCCGCAUUGUGGGCCGGUGCUGGGCCUUCUUGCGAAUGUUGUUCCAAGGUCAGCCCUGGUGGAGGCGGGGGAUAGUCGCCUUGUGUCGUCAUAAGAUGGGUUUGCAGUUGUACAACAUAGCCCCUCAAGAGAUAAUUUUGUUCUUGCAAUGACCUGAGGGUUGCUUCGAAGCCCUCAUGCUCUUGGACCUGUUGCUCUAGCUUUUUGAUGUAGCCUUCUUUGCGCUGACGGAAAGCUCUCUACAGUGCGGCCCGAUUCUGUGCAGCGCGCUUCGAUUGGGAUAAUUCGCGUUUAUUGGACUUCCUGGCAUCGCCCAUGUGAUCUCCCAUAUCCGGAGGAGGACCUGGUAGUAGUUGUGCGCCUCCGCCAGCAUGCGGCUGGUGCUGCGCGUUUGAUACUGUGCCCGAUGGCCCACCAUUUGGUGGCGCAGGAACAACAGAAGUCAUCAUAUUCGCAGCUUGAAGGUAGCCCGAAGGAGACCGCAGCUCUGGAUGAAUUCGCGAUUCUGUGCCGUUCUGUGCGUGGGGUGCUAACACAGGGUACUGAUUGUAUCCAUGUGAUGCCUGGUGCGGCACUGCAGCUGAGUCCUGAGGAGCACCGUUUGUGACAGACAGAGCUGCAGAGGCCUCUUCAGUUGAAUCAGGAAAGUUGUCUCGCUCGACAGGCUCUGCACCUGAAAUUUUUGUUAGUGUUUUGCCGAUAGUUCUUGGGUAUUUUCUUGUGAUAACACCGCCAAGCUUUGGUGAUCCAGCAACCCAAUAAGAUAUAGAAAUGAGGAGAAGAAGGUGAAAUGACUCGGAUGCCAACCCAUAGGACAAACACGGUGUGUCUAGCAACACACCCGGGUACAAUGAGCAGCAGCACAGGGUCGUGGGAGAGGGCUAUGGACGGUCCUCUUCAAAGCCAAUUUGGCUGGAUGUGGUAGAGGUCAUGACAGAGGGGAUAAGAAAACUAAGGUAAUCAGGAGCAAGCUCAUACACAACGAUUCAAGCAGCUUUGCUUUGCCGCCUAUUUCGAAUUCCGAGCUGAGUAUCGAUGAUGCGACGGCGCUAGAUGUAAACGGACUGACAAGAGCAGCCCCGUCUCUUGUGAUUUAUACAAAGAUUGAGGUAAAGCAGAAGGGCGGAAUAGGCGGAAGAGUGCUGCUAGCACUGUGGUGAUGAAGCCAACGGGAUCUGUGGAGGCUUCUCUCUGAAUAUAGACGCUGGCUUAGUUGCACAUAUGCUGCUCUUAGACAAUCAAUGAAGACUCGCUCCAACAAUGACUGAAUUAAGCAGUUGUAUGACAAGAUGGAGAGAAAAAAGGAUUCAAGUGACAGUCACAAUCUCUUCAAGUGAAUAAUACGGCGAUUGUUUUUUUCGAGAUAAGUGACCUUUUGAGAAAAGCGAGUGAGAGAUGGAAGAGGAUGAGCUAAGCCGGUGCUGGGGGGGAUGGUCUGGGUGCGGUAUUAUGUAAGAAUGAGCGAGCAGGUGGCUGGGUAAAUGGGAGAUGGGUUUGGGCUUGAAACCCGAUUGAAGGUAUGGAAGUAAGGUAAAGUAAAGGUAGGUAGGUUGUUAGGUGACAGGGGGGAGGGGGUAUCGGGCCCGGCUUUCUGGCGUGCGCACACCAGACAGGCAGGCGCACAGGCUGCACACCUCUCGAGGUACCUUAGGCUAGUAUUUUCGCCAAUGAGCCUGAGUGACUGAACUGAAUGUCGGGGAGGUUGUGGUGUGGCGUGGUGCUGUCUCCUGCUUGUACUUCCCUGUAUCCGGGCCUUGGCCUUGGAGAACUUGAUUAUUAAGCUGACACGGAAGACGCGCAAGACCAUCCAUUUUCAACCUCUGACAGGCGACGGAUGGACGUGCGACUUGCUUGCCGACAUAAUCAAUCAGGUCCUCGGUCCAGAGCCAAACACCCACACAUAUGAGCAGUGCGUAUGGGCGGGAGGUGGAAGAAGCCGUGCUGGGCGGGAGGGUAACAAAAUGACAAGGAAGAACAAAAGGACAUUGAGGGACAUUUGGUGCAGAUGAGGAGAGAGAGAGAGAAAAAAAAAAAAAAAAAAAAAAAAAAAAAGGUUGAUCUGUAUGGGCGGUACUCAAUCCUAUUCCCUACAUCAUGCCUUGGACAUCUUGGGAUGGUCACUCACCAUUGUUGUUAGCGUUGGUGGUGCUUUGCAUCUUUGUAAUAUUUCGCGUUCUGAGUCAGCAAGCACCGGGUCGAGCCUAGGGGCUGAAGUUUGGUCUUGUUCGAGAGAGCAAGAUAUCGAUGAAUGUCGUUGGCUUCGGGCGUGGCGGAAACAAGAAGAGCAAAGCGAAAUCUAAAGAAUUGCACAAUUCAAGGGUUGCGCUUGACCCCAGAUGUCCUCGACUCCACCAGCGAUUAAAAUCAGCAAUUCACGCUCUGAUGCUCCUGAAUAUUCCAGAGACAGGCUUGACGAGAGGGAGGCCGGAU